AUGAGCAGAGCUCCGCUGAUGCGGACGAGGUCUGGGCCUCUCCGAUCGCCGCUGGUUGUCCAUCACCACGACAACACUGCCGGCGGCAUCUCCGUCCUCAAGCGAGCAGGCUGCGGCGGAACCCUAGCGCCGCUAAUGUCGCUGCAUCUCGACCGGCGGGAGAGAGGGGGGCGCUCAUCGGUGGCCUUGCGGAGGGUUCGUUCGGAGGGCGGAUUGUCAGGAUAUGACCGGCGGACGGGCUUCCUCUCCAGGCAAUCAGGGGUGGGGUUAUGGCCGGAGGAUGGAGGGAUGGCGCCGCCGGUGGAUGUGGACUUCUCCUGUGGCGAUGACGGUGUUAGAGGAGGAGGAGGUGGAAGAAGGAGCAUAUCAGAGUCUGGUGGCGGUGGCCAGAGCGAGAUUGGGGCGUACUACCGAGAGAUGCUGAAGGCGGACCCGGGGAAUCCUCUGCUUCUCAGGAACUACGGCAUAUUCCUUCACGAGGUACAUACGGCAGAUUCUCUGCUUCUCUAGACAUUCCAACAAGAAUUUGGGAAAUCCCUCCUGAAUUGUUUUGUUUUAUCUGUAAAUUAGGUCGAAGGGGAUGCGGUGGGGGCGGAAGAUUGCUACGCCAGGGCCAUCCUGGGAGACCCCGGCGACGGCGAGUUGCUGUCGCUCUAUGGGAAUCUCAUCUGGGAGGCGAGCGGGGACGAGAUCCGCGCCGAGAGGUACUUGGAGCGCGCCGUCGAGGCCUCCCCUGAAGACUCGUAAGGAUCUAGAUCCCAGCCAUCGUAGGAUGAGAAUGGAAUUCCCUGUGACUCGAUGCCAAUAAAGCUCUGAGAUACCUGUGCUGCAGACAUGUUCUCGGAGCUUACGCUCACUUCCUCUGGGACGCCGAGGAUGGAGAAGAGGAAGAGGCGGCUUCGUUCUCUGCGUUGUCAUCGUCCUCGCGCUUGGUGGAAGCGGGCUGA